AUGUCGGCUUUUCGAGAGGUCCGAGCCAGUUUCACCGCUGAAACCAUCACCGUCUAUCAGGCUUAUCCGGCCGAAAUCGCCGAGCCAGCACUGCGCGCUGGAAAUUUUGUUCCGCCUUUCAAACGGGAGCGCAUGACAUGGAUCAAACCCUCAUUCCUUUGGAUGGCCUAUCGCUGCGGCUGGGCGACAAAGCUCAAGCAAGAGCGCGUAUUGGCCGUAGAAAUCACUCGCCAAGGGUUUGAAUGGGCUCUUGCUCAUUCAUGCCUCAGUCAUCAUACUCAAAACGCCAAGGAGAAUAGUUGCUCUUGGGAGGAGCACAAAAGGGCAAGUCCCGUCCGCGUUCAAUGGGAUCCAGAGAGAGAUUUGCUUCUGCAUCCACUCCCUUACCGCUCAAUUCAGAUUGGUUUGAGCGGCACAGCGGUUGAUCGAUAUUUGGACGAAUGGAUAGUGUCCAUAAGGGACGUGACAUUUUUGAUGAAAGAAAUCUCUGAUCUCAUGUCAACCGGCCAAAGAGAGGCCGCCAGAGCCGCGCUCCCACUUGAGCACCUCUACCCGCUCCCAGAUGACAUCGCACAAGUGGUCGAAGCGUCUUCCGCGCGAGCGGCGGAAGAGAGCGCCAAAAAGUGA